AUGCGUUAUGACAAUGUAAAGUAUCCUAAAACUGUGUGUUAUGACAAUGUAAAGUAUCCUAAAACUGUGUGUUAUGACAAUGUAAGGUAUCCUAAAACUGUGUGUUAUGACAAUGUAAGGUAUCCUAAAACUGUGUGUUAUGACAAUGUAAAGUAUCCUAAAACUGUGUGUUAUGACAAUGUAAAGUAUCCUGAAACUGUGUGUUAUGACAAUGUAAAGUAUCCUAAAACUGUGUGUUAUGACAAUGUAAAGUAUCCUAAAACUGUGUGUUAUGACAAUGUAAGGUAUCCUAAAACUGUGUGUUAUAACAAUGUAAGGUAUCCUAAAACUAUGCGUUAUGACAAUGUAAAGUAUCCUAAAACUGUGUGUUAUGACAAUGUAAGGUAUCCUAAAACUGUGUGUUAUGACAAUGUAGAGUAUCCUGAAAGUAGG